GUGUGCAGGUUUGCCGUGUACCGUGCCGCCUAGCCGAUUCUGGGAGACUACGCGACGUCUCGCCACACUGGCAGCGAAGCGGUCAUCGCGUUUGUGUGAACCUUCUCGGAUCCGCGUGUUCCGUCGGAGAGAGAAUUGCUAGUGUUCUUCCGUAUCUGGCUUCUAAGUGCCAACUUCGUGUGUAGUGUACCAGUGUUGGAAGAAUAGUGGACCAACAGUGAUCAUUCAUCGACUACUUGUAUGAUACUUCACAUCAAAGGAAGUGGAGACGCGUGCUACGCCCAUGGGCACUCGUAGACGCGGAGGAGCCGAUGAACUUGGCAACUGCCGCCAAGUCUCGAAAUAAGUGCAGCGUAGUGCAAGCGCCGCCGCUAGUGUUUGUGCUGUUGACGUAACUACAGUAUCUCUCUUCCUCUCGCUGUGCUUCCUGCGAUACCGGCGCUGGUCUUUCCGCUCUGCUUCCCUUGCAAAUGCUGUGUCUUUUUUCUCCUCGGUGGUAAAAGUGUGAUGCUUUGUAGCAACUGACAAGAGCAGUGCCGUGUGGUGUGAUGCCUGUGGAGGGCGAGGCGCGACACAUUGGACAGUCCGCAAUCGGCACGUGUGAGGCCACCAUUGCCAAGCGCGCACUCUGAGCCAGCGUUGCGCUGCACCUGCGGCAGGUUCGGGAUCUCGUCCGUAGGAUGACGCCUGCGUCAGGCGCUGACGCGGGCCCCCAGACUGAGAAAUAAGUCCUGCAGAAGCGGGCGCGCCGCUCCGAGGCAGGUGGGAUGCGGCGCUGCGGCCGGUGGAACGCCGGCCCACCAGCUGGCGUGUCGGCCAAGGUCACCGUAACCACAACCACAACCACAGCCAGCAGCGGCCGCUCGGGCCGGCGGGGUCCCUGGUUCCUGCCUCGGCAGCAGUAGCGACCGCGGCAGUCACCGGCGACAUGCGGCUUCGCCCAGACAAGCUGUGCUGUCGCUACAGCGUCACCAGCGCGCUCCGGGGAGCAGUCUCCUGCUGCCGCCGGUCCAGCCUCACCUCCUCCACGCGACGAAGGAAAGCGGUUGGCAGCGACGGUUCGGAGAGGGUUCUGCGUUCGACGCCCGACUGGGGCGAGGGCGCGCUCAACGGGGACCACCUAUGGGUUCCCACGUCUGCCUCUGGGGACUUCUGCUACGUGGGCGACGCCGACUGCUCGAAACACGGCCCGCGGAUGAAGUGCGCGGCGUGCAAGAUCAUCGCGCACACGAGCUGCAUCGCGACGCUGAUGGACCGCGUGCGCUUCACGUGCAAGCCGACGUUCCGCGACGUGGGCGUGCGCCAGUACCGCGAGCACACCUCCAUCCACCACCACUGGGUCCACCGGCGCUCCCAGAAGGGCAAGUGCAAGCAGUGCGGCAAGUCGUUCCAGUCGAAGCUGUCCUUCAGCUCUAAAGAGAUUGUGGCGAUCAGCUGUUCGUGGUGCAAGACGGCCUACCACAACAAGGAGUCCUGCUUCAAUCUUCAGAAGAUUGGAGAGGAGUGUAAUCUUGGAAUUCAUGCGGAGAUUGUAGUGCCUCCUUCGUGGAUUGUUAAACUGCCUCGAAGAGGAAGUUUUAAAUCCAGUUUACGAAAAUCUCCAAAGAAAAAGACUGCAAGCAAGAAAAAAAGCAAGGAGAAGAGUGACAAGGACCAAAAGACAUUUGUGAUAAAGCCAAUUCCUACAACAUCUGUGAAACCUGUGAUUGUGUUUAUUAACCCAAAGUCUGGUGGAAAUCAAGGGGCAAAACUGCUUCAGAAGUUCCAGUGGCUGUUAAAUCCCCGGCAGGUUUUUGACCUCACUCAGGGUGGACCCAAGAUGGGGCUGGAGAUGUUUCGUAAAGUUCCUAACCUGCGUGUACUGGCAUGCGGAGGUGAUGGGACCGUAGGAUGGGUUCUAUCAAUACUCGACCAGAUAGCGAUAUCUCCAGCCCCUGCCGUUGGAGUGCUGCCACUUGGUACUGGUAAUGAUCUUGCCAGGGCUCUGGGAUGGGGAGGGGGCUACACAGAUGAACCAAUUUCUAAAAUACUGGCAAAUAUUGCUGAUGGAGAUGUGGUUCAGUUGGACAGGUGGGAACUUAAAGUUGAAAAGAAUCCAGAAGCAGACGCUAAUGAAGAAGGAAAGGACAAUUUGCCUUUAAACGUUGUAAAUAACUAUUUCUCCCUUGGUGUUGAUGCUCAUAUAGCACUGGAAUUUCACGAGGCAAGAGAAGCACAUCCUGAGCGUUUCAACUCUCGCCUUCGGAAUAAGAUGUUCUAUGGACAAGCUGGUGGGAAAGAUCUUUUGAGGCGGAAAUGGAAAGGACUUGCAGAAUUAGUCACAUUAGAAUGUGAUGGUAAAGACAUAACUCCUAAGUUGAGGGAUCAUAAGGUCCAUGCAAUUGUGUUUCUCAACAUUCCAAGUUAUGGUGGUGGCACUCAUCCCUGGAAUCGAGCAGGAGGUAAUGUGGAACCAGCAACUGAUGAUGGCCUUAUAGAAGUUGUUGGACUCACAACAUAUCAGUUGCCUUUGCUGCAAGCUGGUGGACAUGGAACCUGUAUCACACAGUGCAAGUCUGCUCGAAUUGUUACUACCAAGACAAUACCCAUGCAGGUAGAUGGUGAAGCCUGCAAGCUCAACCCUUCAAUAAUCACCAUGACAUUAUUAAAUAAAGCCCCAAUGCUUGCCAAAAGAAGAGGUGGUAAAGCAAAUGUUCAACAGGCUGCCUUGGAACAGCUCAAGAUUAGUGUGUACCGAAUUAGUAUGUCAGAUUAUGAACAACACCAUUAUGACAAGGAACUAUUGAAACAAACAGCAAUCUCCUUGGGAGUGAUAGAGGUGAAUCCAGUCUCGGACUUGGAACAAGUCAGAAAAAUGAUUAACAGGCUGCAGGAAGAUGCAACUAGCACCACUGAAAACAACAACCAGUUUGCGAACAAACUGUCACCAGACUGGUGCUUUGUUGAUUCCUGCACUGCAGAGAGGUUUUUCCGUGUGGACCGGGCACAGGAACAUCUCCAUUAUGUUGUUGACAUAGCAACAGAAAAUCUUUAUGUUCUUGAUACUGAAAAUGCAACAGUGCCUCCAACUCCAGAAGAUGAAACAGUAUUAUCUUCACCCAAUGCAAAUGAACACAAACCAAUAGCAAACAAUGUCCUUAGAAUAGAAGGGGCAGGAGGAGAAACCACACCAGAGUUGAGUGAUGGAUCUCGGGAAGAUGAUGGAAAGUUCGAACGUUCAUAUGGAACUGGGGGCUCGCGUGAUGAUGAUGAGUCGCCCAGUUGGAGAGGGCCUAGUGAAGAAAUGCUUAAUGAAGAGCUAGCAGGUGGAAGAGUACCUCGUUCACAUUCAGAUGACAUCAUUAGUAAGCAGAAAAAGACGAGCCCAGAAGAGAAAUAUAAUAUGAGUCUUUCGUCACCAGGGGGGAAUGUUAAUUAUCUUAGCAUUCAUGAUAGACUUUUUGGAUUAAAUUUUGCUUCCUUCGGCAAUCUGCUGGAGAAAACAACAGAGGGGAUCCUAAAGGCAGCUAAAUUGGGUGAUAUAAAACUGCUCAAAAAUCUGCACUCCCAGGGAUAUUCUUUGCUGUCCAUUGAUUCUAAUGGACAGACGGCAUUACAUUAUGGUUCUAGAUAUGGUCACAAGGAUAUUGUGAAGUACCUGAUUGCAUGUGCUCCAGCAUCAAUACUCAACAUGGCAGACAAUGACAAGGGACAAACAGCAUUGCACAAAGCAGCUGCCCACAAACGCCGCAGCAUAUGCUGCAUGCUGGUAGCUGGGGGGGCCUCCCUCACCAUCCAGGAUCGCCACGGCAACACACCGAAGAUGCUAGCACAGCAGGCUGAGGACCACGAGCUGGCUGCCUAUCUGGAGAGCCAGGAACAUUUCCAGUUGGUUGCUGAAGAUGUGGAGACUGUUGUCUGAGACUGUGCUAACAUUGGUUGCUCAAGACAAAAGAAACAAAUGGACCAAGAUUGUUACUAUGGCUUUGAAGAUUUAAUGAAUGUCACUGGACCAAUAAUCAUUAUGUAACUCGAACAGAACUGUGUAGCAGAACUGAAGAGUAGGAAAUUAGAAAUCUGUAUUUUAAGGCUUGGUGAUCUUCAUUUUGCAAUUAGUUUAAAGAAAAUAUAGACUAAAAGUUGAUAUUUCCGCUGUACAGACUUUUAUACAAGUGAAAAAAAAGAAAAAAAAACCAAGAUACACAUAUAUUGUUCAUAUUAUAUGAAGAUGGAAAAAGUGCUCUGUGUAAUAUUCUUUCACUACAUUUGAGAAAUAUGUGGGUACAGUGGUUUUGUGUCAUAUAUAUUUUCAAAUCAUAUAAACUGAUCACCAGUGUAACACAGGUUCAGACAGUGAAGAUGAUGUGUCAUACAGCACUGUCACCGAUUAUUAGAUGAUUGCGUCAACAGAAACUACAUACAGUGAUGUAAAAUAACUUGGUAGUUUAACCAUCAUAUAGAUGUUAAUAAUAUUAAAAUAGCCUGUUUUUUUCCAGUGUGUUCAUAAUGUUUCUCUUCUGUUUGGUUAAAUGUACAGUAAUAAGCUAGUAAUCCUGAAUUCUUUGUUGUGAACCAUAAGCAAAACACAGUGACUUUCAUUUAAUUUCACUGUGGAUUGCCACAUGUGCUUUUUUUCAUAAAGUGCGUAGUAAAUACAAGAGGAAUGAGUUCAGCUAGUCAUUUUAGGAGUUGGUCCCUAAUAUCAUUAUGUUUGGCUAUGUUAUGUGGAAUACGAAAUUGGGCUGCUGAUACUCACAAAACUCGAACCGAAGAUCCAUGAUUAGUUAGAAGUGACUAACAGAAAUAAGUUAUUGAAGUAUAAGGGAAGUUUAGCACUACUUAAAAUGAAAAGAAGGAAUAAUAAUUGCAAAGAAACAAUACUACUGUGCAUGCAUCGUAGGUAUGCUAGAAUUUACAACUGUUGAUUCGUGAGAAAGAAUGUGUGACCAAAACAUUAUAUAGACUAAAAGGAGAGGGAGAGUCAUACUAUUCGUUUGUUUGAAAUAAUAGGAAAUUACGAGCAAUAACUCAACAAUGACAGAAUGCUGGUAAAUUGGGGCAUCAGCAAAAAUAUUUCUCUUGUUUCUCAACACAUUACUGAGUACAUAUGUGUGGUUUUCUGUUCUGUUGUCUUGGAACUACCUGCUGCAGUUGUACAUUAAUUAUGAAAUGCUUGAGCUGGUGCGAUAUGCAGUUCUUGGGAAGAAAGUAAUAUCGUUGAAAUCUCAUGUUGUUCAUUAAUUAAGUUGUAAAUAUUUGUACUAAAAUUAUAAAAGUUAUUUUAUAACAGGUACAUUAAUUACGGGAAGUAAAUCAGUAUAUUGAAAAGUUAUCACACUGCAUAAAAAAGACAUGAUAAAUGAAGUAGACUGUUUGGGAUGCAUGUAGUAUAGGGAUGGUAUUACUAAGGAAUCUUUGGUGUAGUGAAGCAUGGUAUUUCAAGUAUUCCUUUGUAAGAAAUUGUGCACUGGAACAGUUCAACUUAAAUCUGAUUGCUUAUUGAGCACUUUAGCUGUAGUAACAGUUUGCUAUAAAAUCUGAAAGAUCUACUGGUUCCAUAGUAACUUUUUUAAGAUGAGUAAAAUUGACAAAUGACAGAAAAUAUUUUUAGCUUAUGUUCCCAUAUAUUAAGCAGAUCAUCUUACAUGAUGUUAAUGACAAAAACUGAUAUUAAUGGACUAAUUUGCAAGGUACAGUUUGUUGGCAAAGUUAGUUGUUACUAAAUUGUUCAAGACUACUUUAAAAGCCAGAGAUUUAGGAUGUUUUGUUGAGAAGUAAGUAAACUGCUUCACUUUAAUUUUAUUUGAAAUAGUUUGUAGGAACUAAAAUCUCUUUUGAAGAGAAUAAUCACACAUUCCUGUUUAUAGUCAAUUUUGUGAAAUGUAAAUAUUUAUUGUUACAUCUGUUCUUGUAACAUAGGCGUAUAAAUAGAGUAUAAUAAUGCAAUGAGACACCAAACGCUUUUUGAACUCAGAGUGCAAAAUAUGUUAUCUAUUUUUACUUCUAUAUAUAUAUAAAUAAACUUUAGCUCUUGUACACUGUUAGAGAAUGGACUUGUUCUAUAUAAAUAAAAGAAAGAGCUAAUGGCCUUGCACCUGUUUAAAAUUAAAGUAUUCUUAUGAAGGUAGAGGAGCUUCUCAUAAUGAGUGAGAUACCAAUACAAUAAAAACAUUUUAUUACAUCCCCUCAGAAAAAUCUAAUGGGAUAAACCCAUGUAUGAAGUAGUUUCUUUGAAACCUUUAUCAUAAUUUAUAUUGUCUAAUAAUUAAUAAUCAUGAAUGCAAUGCAGAGCCAUUGGACUAUGUUAACAAUGGACUGUUUUUAGUACACUUCUGAAGAAAUUUAUAUAGUUUUUCUGAAAAGACAUGAGAAAGAACUGUAAUUCUUCUUGCUUAACUUAUCAUUUUAUUUCUGAAUUUGAUUACUGAUGACUACAUUGUUUGAAAUACCUGAAGUGUUAUCUAACUGCAAUUACAAUACCUGUUGCCACAAAUAAGGAAAAUGUAUCAAUAAUUUUUUCCCUUGUUAAGUUAGCAGGCAUGGAACUAAUGCUGCAUUGUGUUGAAGUCAGAACUUCUGUAUAUAAUUGUCAAUUGUGUAAAAAAAAAUAUACUCACAUCCUAAUUGCCUUGUAAUUAUAAAUGUUUCAACUGUUUAUAUGUAUGAUUUAUACAAAAUUAGUAAAUUCUGUAAAGUUAAAAGCAAUUAUUGUGGACAACAGCGUAAAACUGUAAUAUAUGUAUACUUGUAAUUAAAUACUGUAGCACACAUCACUGUAAUACACCAGAUAUUAUUUUCAAAAUGUCAACUUAGUUGCCUUGGAAAAUACUUUUUUAAAAAUCAUCCAAUUUCUAGAGGAUUAGGCACUGCAUACAUAUGCUCAAUUUCUAUUAACUAAUGAUAGUGUCUUGAAACAGUUUAGAAAAAUACUGUAAGAAGGUAAUUUCUCUGCAACAGAGAAUUGUGCUUUAGUUGAAAGAAGUGGCACAUUUCAACAUAAAACAAAUGUUUUGUUGUUGAGAAAAUGUCAGUAUUUCAUGAAUAAUGUCUAUACAAGUGAUACAUGCCUUAAUCAUAUGUGCUUAUCAAAAAUAACUAUAGAUAGUGAGAAAAAAUGUUUUAGCAGUAUAAUUAAGUUGAACUGGAUUUUAGUUCAAAAAUCUAUAUUACUUUGUUUUAUCUUAUGGUUCAAAUGAAAGCGUAUAAUCUU